AUGGAGUCAGUGUCGUCCCGUACUUUUCAGUCAAGAAGACUUUCAAACAGUAACCAAUACGACGACGUUUUAUCAAGCAAGCGUAACAAAAGUAGUAUUAUUAACGUUGAAGACUACAGAGAGAUAUUUGGCAGUGGUAGUAGUAGUAAUUAUACUAAUAGUUUUUCAUGUUCAAUUCCUGUUUUAAAUCUUUCGACAUGUUUAAAUAAUAAUGAUGAUGUUUUUAGUACUAUUAUAAACUUUCGUAACUCAACCAUACCAGUCGAUUACAAUGAUAUUUUUGGUUGUAAUAAUAAUAAUAAUAAUAAUAAUAAUAAUAAUAAUAAUAAUAAUAAUAAUAAUAAUAAUAAUAAUAAUAAUAAUAAUAAUAGUAAUCAAAAACUUGCUGCUGCUGCUGCUGCUGCUGCUGCUAAUGAUGUUGUAUCUUAUGAACAGCUAUUUGGUCCCGACAAAACAGCUACGUCGUCUUCAUCAACAACGUCGACAUCUGAAGAUUUGGACGAUAUAUCUCAUCAAUCUUCUGAUGUGUUGAAGCAGUUUAACAUGUCAUAUAACAAGAUUGGCCCAAAAAGUAAAGAGGGGUUGGAUGGGACAAAGCAUGUCACACAGUUACAUGCUACACCUGGAUAUACUUGUUUCAUUGAUGAACCUGUUCAACCGAAAAUGGAAGCCGAGAAGCACAAAUCAUCACCAGUUCGUGUUAGUGUCAACGACUCCAGUACAAAGGUUGAAUUUGUAACUGAAGAUAAGAAGUUUAAAACAUUUGAUAUGGAUUUCAAAAGACGUCUUUCAACAGUAUCGUCAGCAUCAACUUUGCCAACCAAUGUAAUUAGUCACAAAAGUGAUCCAAUUAGAUCAACUGUAGAUAACGAGGCAUGCAAGAACGAUUUUACAAGUACUUAUGAAGAUGGGGAAGUUGAUGUGAAUUCAGAUGCUUCGGCUUCUGCAGCUGCUCUGAGAAAAGCCAUAGAAAAGGCUCAAGAAAGUAUAAGAAUUGCUAAAGAAUCAGUUGGCAGAAAGAAGAAAGGUCUUAAAAGCUUUUCGAAUAGAAGUUCUAAAAAUAGUAUAAAAGUUGAAAGCAGAAUGGAGGAUAUAACUGCAACUAGUACUUCAUUGCAAGGUUUUCCAAAUUUCAUGGAUGUUGAGAAGCUUUUUGGUGCAAAGAAGGUUAUAGAUGAAAUAAAUGGAAAGUUAUCAAAAUCUAGUCAUUCUAACAAAUUUAAAGAUAGUACUGUUGUUUCUAGUUCUACAGAGUAUACAGCUAAAACAGAAUCCAGGCUGCUUAAUUCCCCUGGAAGAGAUGAAUAUGCGACCUUGCAUGCAGAACCAGUUCACACAGAAAUUGGCACAAGUGAAGAAUCCGACUUUGUGCAUACAUAUCAAACAAAUAACAUGUUUGUAGAUGAUUAUGAAGGAAAAGUGGAGGUAAGUAAAACCGCCACUGGCGUCUUGGAAAAACAAGCUGUUGUGUAUGAACAAGAUUCGGUGAAAGGUCAGUUGAAUGAAACAGUGAAAGAUGAGGCAAGGUUCACUACUGCGCGUGAGUUAGUUAAGGAAUUGAACGACUUACUUGUGUCUGAAAAGGUGGAAUAUGAGAAGAAAGAAUCCCAAGGGUCCAAUCAAAAUGAUAAUGGAAGUAGAUUAAAUGAGUUUGAAAAGGAAACACAAGAGGAAGCUCUCGAUCAAGAAGACAUUGAGAUUCUUGAUAGUGCAAAAAGGCAUGGAAAGGAAGGUGAAGUUGAAACAAGUGAUGAACGGAUUGAAGACACUUUUGAGUGGCUUGAAAGUGAGAACGAAUCCAAAGAUGACCACACGCAAGAAGAAACCAGUAAGAUUCAUUAUGAUGUUCGUGAGAUUGAAAUGGAAAUGGAAGCGAAAGAGAAUGCUAGAAUUUGUGAUAAAAGCGGAGAAGAAAGUGAAGUCCAUCUGCAACACGAUUUUGAGAUGAAACAAGAAGAUAAUUUAAAGGAGAAAAGUUUGGAUGACACUUUUGAUCAGGAAUAUGAUGAGAACUCAUCAGAUGAGGAUAAUGUGAUAGAAGAAACUGGUACUAUAGAUGAUAUGGAAACAACUCAAGAGGUUGAGGAUGUAACAGGAGCUUUCAGUGAAUUCCAAGUAGAAGAAACCGAAUCAAUGAAAGAAGUGUAUGCAUCAGAUGAAGGACUAUGUGAAAAGACUUUUGUAGAUCAAACUGUCUCAGAUCACAAUGAAGAUCAAUAUGAAGUGAAAUCCGAAGGAAAUGAUAUACAAUCUGAAACGUCGUCGGGUAGUAUACAUGAUGUGAAGAUAGAGGUUGACGAAGAUAUCGAAGAAACUACAAUUUCAGAAGAAACAGAUAUCCAAAUUCCUCAGAACGAAAUGCACGACAUUAGAACUACAAAUGAAAUCAACGCAUCCCACAAACCACACGAGACACAAAAAACAGCAGAAGAUGAAGCAGGUGAAGUUGGGCCAAGCAAGGUAUCAGGAGAAGAGAAUUCUAGAAGGAUUGAUGAAGUGACGGCUAAGAAUAAUAGACUGGCAGUUGACAGAGCAAUUCGUGAAGCGCGUGAGCGAGCCUUUGCUGAAGCCCGUGAAAGAGCUGAACGUGAACGUGCUGCUGUUGAAAAGGCUACUGAGGAAGUUAGACAAAGAAUGAUGGCUGAAGCCCUAGAAAAGGUUGCUAAAGCUUCUAAGCCGUCUUCUGAUAAAAUUUCUACACAGUCCAAGCUUAGAGCAGAACGUGCUGCAGUAGAAAGAGCCACAUCAGAGGCUCGACAACGGGCUUUAGAGAAGGCAAUGUGUCAGAAGAGUGCUUCUGAUUUAAAUAGUUCUGAAUCCGCUUUGAGAACCAAGGCAAAAUUAGAUAAGCACAACAGGAUCAUGGAAAGAGCGGCUAAAGCGCUUGCAGAAAAAGAGAAGCGAGAUUUACUUGCUCAAAAGGAACAAGCUGAGAGAAAUCGGUUAUCAGAGAAUCUUGAUGCUGAUAUCAAAAGGUGGUCAAAGGGAAAAGAAGGGAACUUGCGUGCACUGCUUUCAACACUUCAAUAUAUUCUUGGACCUCAAAGUGGCUGGCAACCGGUUACAAUGACAGAGAUCAUAAGCAGUAGUGCUGUAAAGAAAGCUUACAGAAAAGCUACUCUUUGUGUUCAUCCAGACAAGCUGCAACAACGCGGGGCAAGCAUCCAGCACAAGUAUAUAUGUGAAAAGGUUUUUGAUCUUUUAAAGGCGGCAUGGAACAGAUUCAACUCCGAGGAGAGAUAACACCCACAUACUCUCGCAUAGCAAUGAUAGUCGUUACAGGAUUAGUGGUGGCUGAAUAUUUAUUCGAGAGCUGUAUGUUCUUUAUUGAUUUAUUGAACAGAAAAAUUAGUAGUUCAGUGCAACUGGGUAUAUGAUUUCUCAUGUGUCGAGUGAUUUGGACAUGACUGGCUGUGUACAUGAGAAAUCAUCAUACCAAGAUUAUGACACUGAACCAUGUAUUCAAUGUAUAAAAUGUCUUCUUUUGAGGUAUAUAGUGACCGUUAAAGGCUUCUUUAUUAUA